AUGCCCAAAGGUGGGGGUUCUAAAACCCCCCAACUGGACCACUUCCCACAUAACACCGACAUGGUCGAAAAGCAGGGUGGGAAAAAGGAAAAAGUGCUGUCGAACAAGACUCCCAAAUUGGAUCGCAGUGAUGGCGUUAAAGAGAUGAAAGAGAAGACAUCCAAAAGGAAACUGCCAUUCACUACUGGAGCAAAUGGAGACCAGAAAGAUUCCGACUCAGAGAAACCAGGUCCAGAGAGGAAGCGCAUUAAAAAAGAGCCCACAAACACCCGGAAGGCAGGCUUGCCGUUUGGAAUGGGGAUGCCCGGCAUCCGGGCAGGGUACCCCCUCUCUGAGCGGCAGCAGGUGGCCCUGCUCAUGCAAAUGACUGCUGAGGAGUCCAUCAACAGUCCAGAUACAACACCAAAGCACCAGUCACAGUCCAGUCUAGGUCAGAAGGGAACGCCAAACUCUGCAUCUAAAACCAAAGAUAAAGUGAAUAAAAGAAAUGAGAGAGGAGAGACUCGGCUGCACAGAGCAGCAAUCCGUGGUGAGGUACGCCGCAUUAAGGAACUCAUCAACGAGGGAGCAGAUGUGAAUGUUAAAGACUUUGCUGGCUGGACCGCACUGCAUGAGGCUUGUAACAGGGGAUAUUAUGAUGUGGCCAAGCAGCUGCUGGCAGCCGGAGCAGAGGUCAACACCAAGGGUCUAGAUGAUGACACCCCUCUCCACGAUGCAUCCAAUAAUGGACAUUUUAAGGUGGUUAAGCUACUUUUACGGUAUGGGGGGGACCCACGUCAGAGCAACCGAAGAGGUGAAACGCCUUUGAAUGUGGCCAACUCUCCAACCAUGCUGAAUUUGUUGCUGGGGAAAGGCACAUACACCUCAAGUGAAGAGAGUUCGUCAGAAUCUUCAGAAGAGGAGGACGCACCCUCAUGCGCCCCAUCUAGCUCUGUUGAUGGCAAUAAUACAGACUCGGAGUUUGAGAAAGGCUUGAAGUUAAAAGGGAAAACACUAGACCAGCCGAAAUCAGCUGUCACUCCCGUCAAAGAUGAAUAUGAAUUUGAUGAAGAUGAUGAGGAGGAGCGAAUCCCUCCUGUGGACGACAAGCACCUCUUGAAGAAAGACUUUCGUAAAGACACAGUCAGCAAGGCCAACAGCUUCAUCUCAAUACCCAAGAUGGAGGUCAAAACCUAUUCCAAAAGCAACUCACUCACACCAAAGAAAGCCGUCAGGCGUAUCAUCUCGGACAGUAACAGUUCAGAUGAGGAUGAUAGGACGCUGUGUUUCACACCAGCACCCACGCCACGACAGCUAGCCCUUCAAACAAAUGCCAAGACAAGAGACUCUGGAAAUCAGAGUUCCAAACAACUAAAAGAUAAAAAUAAAGUCAAAAAGAAGAGAAAGAAGGAGAGCAAAAACAAUCUUGGCAAGGAAGUCAGGUUUGGUAAAAUCAAUGACAAACUAUGUACGUCUGAUUCAGAUUGUGGUGAUAUGGAAAGUGAAGAUGAUAAAGGAUCAAACUGCAUAAAGGAUUCUUCAUUGAUUGUAAAAGAAUCCACUGUCUUCAAUACAUCGUCCUCCUCGCAUGUAAACUUAAACUGUCAGAAACAAGCACCAUCAUUAGCGGAACAACACCCAAAACAGUGGAGGACUGAUGGCUGGAAGACUGUGUCAUCCCCAACAUGGUCUGAAGUAAGUUCUCUGUCUGAUUCUGUGAGAACAAGACUGUCCAGUGAGUCUGACUAUUCCUCUGGCGAGUCUAGUGUUGAGUCAGUCAAACAAGUUAAGAGAAAAGGACAAGAAAACAAGAAGAAGAAUAACAAUUUACACAAUAACACAAUGGAUAAGAAAAAUUCUGACAUCUACAAAAAUGCCAAUACAGACAGUACAGCCUCCAAAACUGACAUUGACGGUAAAGUGCUCAAGAAGCAUAAGGUGAAGCACAAGCACAAAAGUAAAGAAAAGGAUAAAGCUCCUAGUCUUGUGCUUAAUCAAGACAUGAAUGAAAAAUUUGUGAAAAGCUAUUCAUUUGAUUUUGAUGACUCAAGGCAAAAGUCCGUAAUUGUCGAGUCAGAACAGCAAACUGAAGGCAAAAUCAAAUUAUCAAAACACGAAAAAGACCAUUCAAAAAAGGAAGAAAGGCUCUCAAAAAGCAAGUCUGAAGACAACUGGUCAUCAGGCAAAGACCUGCAUAGAACAGCAGACAAGGAAAAAAAUAAGAAAACAAAGGACUCCGCCAAAGACAAAACUAAUAAGGAAGAGCGAGAAAAGCCAGUGAAAUCCGUUAAGGAAAAACCCAAGGAAGAGAAACAAAAAAACCAUAAAGAAGAGAAAAAGAAAAAAUCCAAGGAGAAGUCGAGACCAGAUAAGAAGAGUGAGCAAAAAGAGGAAAAGCAUCUAAAAGUUGAUAAGGAAAAAAAUACCAAGGAGGAGAAAUGUAAAAAGGACAAAAUUCUGAAGGAGGAGUCAGAGUAUGAAAGCUAUGAUGUCAACAACCGUUUCCUCAACAUGGAUGACACAAAGCUCAGUGCCUCAGAUGACCAUCAUGACAGAUGGGGUUCAGAGAUGUCCUCAGACUCUUCCCUCUAUGGAGACGAUAGCUGGGAUGCGCCAGUUAAAGAAUACAAGGAAUACAAAGCCAAUAAUUCUGUUAAACUUAUCGUUGAAACAGUCAAGGAAGAAACGAGGAGGAAAGACAAAAUAAAAGACAAGAAAUCAGAUCAUAGUGAGAAAAGACCGGAAAAAGAUGUCCAGUCAAAAAAGAAAGAUAAAGAUUUUUCAGAAAAGACAGGUGAAAAGAAAAAAGACUGGUCAGAAAAACAAAAACUAAACUCAAGUCACUCUGUUGAAAAAGAUAAAAAACGGAAAGAAAUCUCGGAAAUAAGUAAAGACAAAAAAGACAAAGAUUCACUGGACAACAGCCGAGAUCGCAAAGACUCGUAUGACUUCAUUAAGGAGAGAAAAGAAACAAAAACUAAACAAGAGAUGAUUAGAGAAGAGUAUGUCAAUGACACUUUCUUCAAAGAAAUUGAUGUUGUUAGUAAAUCAGGUGACAUCCGCGAAAGAAACCAGUCUGGUAAAGAGAAAGACAAAAAGUUUGAAGGAAUAGAAAAGCGAGAGAAAUCAAAAACAGAGAAGCAUAAAGAGAAAAUUAAAGAUCGAGGUGCUGAUCAGGAGAAGGAGAAGGGUGAUAAAAUCUCAGCAGAAAAAAUUGCCAAGGAAAAGGAACUUGAUCGGACAACCAAAGACAAGAAAGAGAAUGCAAAAGACAAACACAAGGACUCUCAUGGCAAAGAUCGAAAGAUGUCAUCCGAACAAACGAAAGACAAAAAAGAAAAGGCCUUCCAAGACAAACACACUGACAGAGAGAAGGAUUUCUUGGAGGUGAAGAAAGAGGAAAAAAAGCCAGAGAAAAGAGAAAAAACAUGGUACAAGAUAGCUGACAUUUUUACUGAUGAAAGUGAUGAUGAAGACAGUUACAAUGGGUCUAUUUCUCAUGUUUCCGAUUCUAUCAGAAAGGACUUAUCUCCUGAACAGGAUGAUCUGGAUCACUUCACAUUGGACAAAGUAAGGAAAAUGUCAUCUGAGACUAAACACAAUGCCGAAAAGGCUAAAGACAAAGAACAUAAAGAGAAGAAGAAGGAAAAGGCCAUAUUUGACACAGGUAAAGAGCGCAAGGGCUCCCUUGAGAAACACAACAAGGACAAGAAAGAAUCUGUUGAAGUAAAACAUAAGGAAAGAAAAGACAGAAUGUCAAUGGAUUCAAACCAAGAGAAGAAAAAUAAACAAAAGCUCUUGGAGAAAAGGGAUAACAGUGAGGAUAAAACAAAAAGCAAAUACAAAGACAAGAUGGAUAACCCCAAAGAAAGAAAACUGUCUAAGGGCAGUGGUGAAAAUGAAAAGUCCCUUCUGGAAAAAUUGGAAGAAGAAGCUAUGAACGACUACAAGGAUGACUCCAACGACAAGAACAGUGAUAUUUCUCUGGACAGUUUCACUGACAGAGGUCAAGAACCCGUCCUUACAAGUUAUUACGACUCUCUCAGCCUUGCAGAUAUAACUGAUGACAGGAGGGACUGUCUUUCUAUAUCGACACCCCAGGAUAAAUUCAGAGAGAAAGAAAGACAUCGACAUUCUUCCUCCUCCUCUUCCAAGAAAAGCCACGACAAAGACAAGGAAAGGGUCAAGAAGGAUAAAGGAGAGAAACGUGAUAAAACUGAAGAAAUCAGAGACAUGUACAGUCGCAGGGAAAGUUUACCGUUUGAGAAAGAGCCGAUGCCUCUCGAGGCAGACCCUUAUACCUUCCCUUAUGGCAGUAAAGGGGAAGGUGAAGACGAUUUUGAUAAGACCUUAGAAUUUGAAAAGGAAAUGUCCAAAAAGGAUAAAGCAACAGCCGUCAUCAGUGACAGAAUGAAGGACAAAAAGAAAAAAGAAAAACAUAAAGAUAAAAUAAAGGAUGAGAGAAACAGGCAUAUUGAUGGCUUGAAGUCAGGAUUGAAAGAUAGCCCUCAGAUCACCAUUUUAAAAGAAAGAUCAAGAGAAGAAAGUCCUAAAUUUGACAUUAAGAAAGAAAGGAAUCGGGAUAUAUUGGAAAAAGACACCAGGUUAGAUCACACUAAGCCCAAAAUUAAAGAUGAAAAUGAAAAGCUCAAUCAGUCCAAAGACACAGGACGGAAAGAUAACCGUCCACGAGAAAAACUACUGGUGGAUGGUGAUUAUCAAAUGACUAGUUUUGGCCAGAUGUUGAGUUUGAAGGACCAAGAAAUUGAAGAGCGUCAUAAAAGACAUAAAGAAAGAAUGAAACAAAUGGAGAAACUGAGACCUAAGUCAGGCGACACCAAACUUAAGGAAAAAGCCAAGUCCACUGAAGAAGUGAGGAAGAACCGUGGUGAGCUAUCCUCUAAGAAAUCAAACAGCCUAGAAUCUGGGCUCAAAGAGAAAAAGUCAAAGGAAAUUAGUCAACCAGCUCAAAUUCUGUCCCCAAGCAGAAAGUUUCAACAACCUACAGACAACAGUCACAACUCAAAAGACUGGCUGCCUGGCCAUCAAAUGAAAGAGAACCUCCCAGCUUCUCCCAGAUCAGAACAUAACAGGCCCACUGGUGUACCCACACCAACAUCUGUCAUAUCCUGUCCCAGUUAUGAGGAAGUAAUGCAGACUCCACGGACACCAUCUUGUAGUGCGGAAGAUUACCCCGAUAUUAUGCUUGAUGGGCUGGAUUGUCAGAACUCAUCAGCAAUGACCAUGUCCAUGAAUGCGUGUUCACCAUCCUUCUUUGAAAGCAGGUACUCCCAAGGUUUUCAGGAAGGCACGUGUCCAACCCCGGCAAAGAAUCUACAGUUGCCACUUAUCAGCCGUUCUGCUUCCUCUGACGUUCGCAGGCCUCUAGAAGAAGAGUUUAAAAUUGAGGCUGACAAGUUCUUGAGACACCAUAGUGAUCCAUCAGCCGAAUUUGAUCCUACGGCCGCUUCACACUCUAUUGAAGACAAAUUGGCCACUGUGGAUAGACUAGAGCGCUUGCCCUCGCCCUAUUUCUCUCCGAUUAGGUUGAUGUCUCCUCGGCAGGAGCCGAUCCAGCCAACCCCGGAUCUGGCAACACCAAUGCUCAAUUGCACAGAGAGUAAUGAUCAUCUUUCUGAUAGUGUUUACAAUAGUUACUUGCCGAAGCCAUCCACACCAGUUCACAGGCCAGAUCCACAGGAGCCCUGCUUUGAAAUUGCUGCACCACCAACGCCAGCUCCUGCAGCAUUGCCUCCACUGGACAUUGAUGACAUAUCUGAACAUCACCACAGUGAGCCUAACCUGGUCCUCUCAGAUCUUCCUUCAGUCAUGGAGGAGAGGGAUGAAGAAGAUGAAGAGGAUGAUGAAGGUGAAGACCUUGAUUUUGAUGUAAGAACAAGUGAUGAUCAAUGUGCUGAGGGUGAGACACAGCAAACACAGGAAUCAUCUUCUUUCCCCGCUCAAGUUGAGGACCCUAUGAGAAAGAGCUGGCAUGUUGAGUCACCAGAUCAACAAGAUCCAGUGGACCAUCAUUUCUCUCCACCGCAGUCUGAACCCAACCAUGGAGAAAACUGCUAUGAUCACAGCAUGAGUUGGAGCAAUGACGUAGACCUUAAAUCUCCCCAUCGAACAUAUGGGGAGAUAGAAGCUGCAGUGUCCAAAAUAACCAGUCCUUACUCUCAUUCAGACGGCGAUCUGCAGCACUUGUCUGGACACCCAUCUGUAACUCCUCCGUAUGCUACCUGGAAUAGGUGGCACAAGGAAGAAGACCCUGAGGAUUUUGAUGAGCAGAAGGAGGCUGUGGCUGACAUUCCUUCACCAGAGAGACCUGACAAUGCUCUGGAUGUGGAAAACGGUUAUUUAAAUACUUCCUCAUCCUCCACAAGACUUGAGUCUUUUUUCCAAGACUGCAACAAAUCUAAUCUUGAGGUUACGCACGAGAUGGACACAGAGACCGCAUGUGACGAGCCAGGUGCUAGCCAGACCACUCAUACCUUCUGCCCUACUGCUGACGGACACCUGACUCCAGCUAUUGCGCCUGAGCCAGUUGUGCCCUGGGCAGAUCCAUUUUCUACUGAUGCAGAUGAGCUAGAUGACCUUGGACCAUUUUCCUUGCCUGACCUCCCUCUCCCGGAAAAGUCCGAAGAAGCUGAGCAUCGAGACUCAGAUUUUUGUGACCUCAACAAGACCGUACAAUCUCAUAUUAGACAUACAAUUAUGGAUGUUGAUGAUCCGGAUUUAAUGCAAGUCGACCAUUCAAGUCUCAUGGACACUAGGUGCACUAGUGAAGAUCAAAGGCUGGGUGAACCCACUGGGCAAGACUUAGUUGUACCAUCAUCUCAUGACAACUUUCAGCAAGAGUUGGACCCUGAACCCCAGAGUGUUCCAGUCAAUAGCCCCCUGACUUUUCCGCAACAGAGCAUCAUGUUGGAGACUAAAAUGCAGUAUGGGGCCUUGGAUGAGUCUGAUCCCGAUAUCUUGUUUUCAUCUGUGAAAUCUGAGAGCAGCCACCUACAUCACAUCCAGAUUCACCCCAUGGCUGAGUCCUUGCAGUUACCAAAUGACAGUGUGUCAGUUGACAAGUCAGAGGAGAGAAAGGAGGAAAUAUCAGAUCCCUCAACAGAAUCUUUAUCGCAAGAUCCUGUUCCACUUCUCCCAGUGCCAUUUACUCCUCCCAGUUCACAGGAGCAUUCAGAUGCUCAAGAGACAACACAAAAGCCAAUACCAGCACCCCAAAGCACAGUGUUGACAGAUAUUUCCAAAAAGGUAGAUGAAAUCCCUCAGAGAAUGACACGCAACCGGGCCAAAAACAAUGCUUCUGCCCUAGUUCCUUCCCCAAGCAUGAUUUCAACAUCUUCCCUUUCUGUGACAAUUAGUCCAGUAGUCACCAUUAAUGCUAUUCCUACGAGAACACCAACUCCGACUUCAGUGCUGGCCUUCUCAUCACUAAAGAAAGACAAAGACUCUCUUCUUAGCAUCUCAACUCCUGCAUCGAAUUCAACUCUGACUCUUUCUGUACCUAGUUCUUUGACCACGUCACCUACAGUGGUACUGAGCAAAACAAGUAAAGGGCGUCCACUACCGGUAGAAGAUGAUGAUUCUCAGACCCAGCACCCACGAAAAAGGAAGUUUCCGCGUUCGACCGGGCAACAGUUGCAAGUGCAGCUGGUAAACACGGCCAUGCAACAGACCCGGGAAAUGAUCCAGCAAACGUUGGCUGUAGUUGUCAAUGCCAUAAAGUUGGAUGACAUUGAGCCUUACCACAGUGACCGUUCCAACCCCUAUUUCGAUUAUCUGCAGAUUAGAAAAAAGAUAGAGGAAAAGAGGAAAAUAUUGUGCUACAUCACCCCACAGGCCCCACAGUGCUAUGCUGAGUAUGUGACGUAUACUGGCUCAUAUCUGUUGGAUGGGAAGCCCCUCAGCAAGCUUCAUAUCCCAGUGAUUGCCCCACCACCAUCAUUGUCCGAGCCUCUGAAAGAUCUCUUCAGACAACAGGAGGCAGUGAGAGGGAAGCUCCGGUUACAGCACAGCAUAGAACGAGAGAAGCUCAUUGUUUCAUGUGAGCAGGAAGUGUUGAGAGUCCACUGCCGAGCUGCGAGGACAAUAGCCAAUCAGGCUGUCCCAUUUAGUGCCUGCACCAUGCUUUUAGACUCUGAAGUAUACAAUAUGCCAUCAGAAAGCCAGGGUGAUGAGAACAAAUCGGUGAGAGAUCGUUUCAACGCACGACAGUUCAUCUCUUGGAUUCAGGAUGUCGACGAUAAAUAUGACCGUAUGAAGACAUGUCUGUUGAUGAGGCAACAGCACGAAGCAGCGGCCCUCAAUGCAGUGCAAAGGAUGGAAUGGCAGUUAAAGGUUCAGGAAUUGGAUCCUGCCGGGCACAAGUCCCUCUGUGUCAACGAAGUGCCGUCCUUCUACGUUCCCAUGGUCGAUGUCAACGAUGACUUUGUCCUUCUGCCAGCGUGA